UUUGCGGUGAGCACCUGAAGGCAGCAUCAGAAUCAACAAAAUAGUUCAGUCGAGGUCAAGUCAGAAAGCUUCCGCGUCUCCGCCUAAAAACUACCAAUUCAACUGCAGUCUGUGACCCUCAGUGACCUCUGACCUCCACCAUGACGUCCACGUCCACGUCCACGUCCAUCACCAAAGUCGGCGGAGUGGUGAUCGUCACUCAGGUCAUUCCUCAGGAUGAAGGCGGCAUCCGGCUCCAGAGCUCUCCUUCCUCCGCCGUCACCGUACAGGCUCCACCCCCACCGCCACAGGCCCCACCCACUGCCAGCCCCACGAAGAUGGACGACAUGACGGCUAUCUUCUUGCGGGGGCAGCCACAUGGCCUCGGGGUGGUUCAGAUCUUCAUCGGCCUGCUGUGUGUCCUCUUCAGUCUGACCGCCGUCUUCUCUCCGAUCCUGAUCUUCCACGCUCCGUUCUGCAUCGGCGUCACGUUUGUGGUGUCCGGCUCUUUGGCUGUGGCUGCUGGGAGACGGACUUCGGUCAACCUGGUCUGGGCGACUCUGGUGUGGAAUGUGAUCGGCGUCGUGGUCGGCCUGCUGGCGGUGGCGUACGUCUGCUGGCUGCUGGCCGAUCGCCCCGCCUCCCAACGCUUCUGUGACCCUGAAACCUUCACAGAUUACGUGCCCACGGAUAGACAGGUGCAGCGCUGCAUCAGUACGCUGUACAUUUUGGACGUAAGUUUCACUCACCGUGAAGGACCUCUACACGUUUAUUACACAUUUAUAACAACUUUAUUUAUAGCACCUUUAAAACUGUUGCAGUGCUUUGACAGACAAAGCAAAGGCAGAAAAGAACAAUAAAAAUAAACAUUAACA